UAGAACUAAAGCCGGAAGUAAGUUAUGAAGGUUACUGUCGAAAAGAAUAUUAACAUCUUACUAAAACGGACAGAAACCUCGCUACAUUUAAAUGGCAGCAGCACAAGGAACGUACAACCCCUUACUUUCUAAAAAGAUGCCAAGAGAAUACAAGCGCCAGUUAAGUAAAGAUGAUAUAGGCAAUCAAGCUAGGGUAUUGUUGAACCACUUCAUCCAUGAUAGAAUAUCUCGAGAACAAGGAGAAGAACAAGUGCCAUCUACCGAGGAACUUCAAGAACCAGGUACCCCAACAGGUCCACCAUUAGAACACAUGCAAGAAAUAGGACGAGCAUUACGCUGUAUAGGAGACGAGUUAGACAAAAAUCCAAAUAUUCCGAGUUUAUGUUCUCAAGUUUCUCCAGAAGCAACUACAGAUACAUUCCUGACUGUUGCCAAGAGUUUUUUCUCUGAUGGAGUUUAUAACUGGGGACGUGUAGGCUGUCUAUUUUAUUUUGCCUAUAAAAUGGUAGUUAAGGCCUUAAAUAAAAUAGCAUUAAUACGAGCAAUAAUAAAUUGGGUGGUGAACUUUAUAACAGAUUAUGUUGCACCCUGGAUAAUAGAGCGAGGUGGUUGGGAAGCCAUUGAGGAGUAUUUUGGAACACCAAAAAACCAGAUGAUGUUUGUUUUAGGACUUGGAGCAUUAACUGUAGUAGGAGUAUAUAUGUAUAAAACUUGGAAUUGACUACUGUACACAUCUUUAAUUUAAAGCUUCAUAUUUUUAAGGAGCAAAUUUUAGGCAACUAUAUUAAACAAUAAGUCUGACAUCAUAUGAAACUAUUUUUUUUUCAUGAUCAUGAUGAUGGACUGGUACCAUUCAUGUUAUGAUGGACUGGUACCAUACAUGAGAGUAAACUUUAAAGGAACAUUGUCAGCACUUUUUUGAUAAAUUUGUUAUUUUAAGAUUUCCAUUGUUCAUAGGUCAAGGUCAACAUAACAUUGUACAAUGACAAGUAACUGUAACAACUGAAACACAUCUUGUAAUAAUUAAUUCAGGUAUACCCCAAAACACUGUUAAGAUAGAACCAUAUGUUUUCAUUUGUUAAUUUGAAAACUAAUGUUUCAUGCUACUGUAUUUUUACACUGUCAUUUGUAGAUGGUCACAUACUGUGAUACAUAUAAGAAAAUUCAUUUGUACUUAUAUGAAGAAGAAAAAAAUGAAAUAAAAUACAAAAUUAGAAAAAAAACAGCAUUCCUGAAGUUCCUCAUAUCUAGUUUCAAUCUGCAAUUAUCAAAAUAGAAUGUUGCUGUAGGCUGGACCCACGGCCUGACCUCAGUUCAUUACAAACAUUUUAUAAACCUUUUGAUGGUCCAAGUAAAAGUAUUUCAAGUUUUAUACUUUGUUUUGGUAAAACUGUUUUAAGAGAGAGAGUAACAGAACUGGAUUUCUUCAGUUUUUCCCAAUCAUGUUUAAAUGAAUUAUAAAGCAAGAUUUUGGUAGUUGAUCUAUUUCGUUGUUGGACUUAACAAUGAAAUUUAAAGAAUUUACAUUUUCCCACACUUUUUUAUGCGAUGUUUGUAAAAUUUAUUUGAUUAAUUGUGGAAGUCGUCUAAUGUAAUUUUCAGCUCAGCUUUUUGUCAAAUUGAAUUCAAUUUAUUUGUUUCAAAAUUUUUUCCCUUGGAUUUAGCAAAUCAUCAGUUAUCAACACCCCUUUUUGUAUUACAUUUAAUAUUAAGUCAUCCUGUGAGAAGUGAUUGAUCAUGAUACAUUUUGUUCCAGGUUUUCAACAUUUUAUAAAAUUUAUAUCCUUUUAACUGAGAAAAUGGUUAAAGAUAAUUAUAAUAAUUUUCAGAAUAUCAGUUUUUAAAAAAACAAAGCUGUAUACUCUGUAAGACGUUGUAGUUUUAUGAUUUGUCAUACACUCACAAAUAGUUCCACAUUGGUUGUUCUAAUUUUUAACAAACACAUUCAUAUCCAAUAAUUAGGGGUCAGCUUGUCACCUACCGGUAGUCUAAAAUCUCUGUUUGGCCCUCCAAAUGGUCAGUAAUUGAUUGUGACAUCCUUUGCAUCUAAAAACAUCUGUCCAUUUCAUCAAUCUUACUUUGUUAUAUGUACAGAUGAAAACUGAUGUUUAUAAAUCAUAUAUUUCACAAAAAAAGUCAGCAGUCCAUAAACAACAAUCAUUUACCAUUACACAGUCUUAUGAAUUUUCACAUAAGACAUGUAUGUAGUCAUAUACAUUUUUUAACAUGCAUAUAUGUAGACAGUUUACAUAUCUAAGCCAUGCAAAUUAAUCAUUUCAGACAGCUAAUUACCUGUCUCAACAUAAAGGUGGAUAUAUUCUAAAAUUCUAGUACAGCCAUGUAAAACUGUGUUUUAAUAGUUACUACUAGUGUAGCAUUUUCAAGUUGAGUAAAAUUCAUGGUAUUAUUUUGCAUGACUUGACUUUGGAGAGUAUUAGUUAUCAUCUCACUCUGAGCUAGUACUUGAAUCUCCUCGCAGUAUCAUGAAGAUAGGAAGUAUUCUUAUACACCUGGCUAUCUCCUAUUCAGAAGUGGUAAAAGAUUUAUUCACAUUUAAACGUUGAUCCUUUGAAUUUAUUUCGAAAUACUGUGAAACCUUACUUAGUCAGACUGAAUGAUUUUUUUGUAAGACUAAUUGACAGUAGAGCCUUGGUUAGUAAUUUUGCUUUAAGACUAUUGAUUACUAUCUGUGACAUUAAGACUGGUAUCAACAGAAAGAGAAAAAGUAAAAAUAAACCAAAGUUUAGUCAAACUUGUUCUAAGUUGUUGACUAGAAUCUGUUGCUACAUGAACAGUCAAUCUAGGCCUAAUAAAUCUAAUCUUUUAUUAGGUUUAAACCUACUAAAGUAUAAGGUACUAGCAUUUUGGAAGAUUUUGAAAGAAAAAAGAAAACCUGCAGUCAUGAAGUCAUGAAUAUUUGUUUUACUCUAAUAAGCAUACUUCUCAAUUCUAUUUCUUAUUGUUUUAUUCAGAUAGCUAGUUCUAUUUAAAAAAGGCAAAGAACUUGUUCAAAACCUUGUUCAUCCCACAAUAUCAGUCUUGCCUAGAAGUAAGGUUUCAUUGGUAAUUGAAAAGGAUCAAGAUUGUUUUCAUUGUUGAAGUUCUUUUAAAAUACCUGGCUUUAAAAUGACAUGAAUGAUGGUAAAACUUGUUUAAGAAAUUUUACAUGCUGUUUCUUUAGCAAUCUACAUUGACACAAAAUGAAAUGCCCCAACUUUCAACAAAAAUAAUUAUUUUUUAUGCACUCUGCAUGAGAAAUACAAUCCGCAUGAAAUUGUCUCUGGAGAUGUAAUUAGUUUUUAUAGAGAAUAUUUUUUUUUUUUUUUUUUAUCAUUGUAGCUUAACUUCUUAAUGGUAAUUUGCAUGUAUGAAUUGUGGUUCAUUUCACAGAAAGAAAAAAAAAAAUAAAAUUCUUAAUAAUCUAGUGCAAUUCCCUGUUGAACAAGACAUGUUGUACAUUAUUCAAUUAAGCACCAAAAGGUUAUGUUAGAAGGUUACUAUUAAUGACCUAGAUGGAUGCUCAUGCCCCCUUACACAAAUUAGAUAUAUCUGAAAAUGUGUCGAAAAAAUGUCUGCCCAUUAUUCGGACUGCAUUAAUUUAUUAGAAUUACUAUAGGACUAAGUCCAGUGAGUAGGUGUUCAGUCACAAGUUUUAUUGUGUCGUUAGAUAUAUAAAAAAAAAUGGAAAUGGAAUAGAGUUCAUAGAACAAUGCAUUUGUAAUCAUUUGUCAAUAUAAACAAUAAAUCAUCAGUUUUAUAUUUUCUAUUUGUUAUUUUCAGACUAUAUUACCAAGAUAAUUACAAUUCUUUAUUUUCAAAAGCAAUAAAUAUAGCUUAGUAUGCAUAUGAAAAUUGUACACCAAAUUUUAUUGCAUGUAUACACAUCAAAUUAUAUUCAUAUUCAAGUGUUGAACAUCAAUAACAACAGCACAGAAGGAAGUUUUUUUGGCAGCCAAAAGAUAUUCUCAAAACUUGAAACUCGCCAACAUUUUGUACUUAUAAAAAACUACGAUUUUUUAAAACUGAACCUAUGAGUUAACUGAUGUAAUAAGUUUCGCUUCUUGUCCAUUUACAAGACAUGUUUUGGACUGUAGAUCGUAAAUAAGAUAACAACACUCAAUACCUCUAAAGGAAGAGCUUGAUAAUUAAUAUCCUAUAUACAGAUUUAUAACCCGCAUGGCGGAAGAUGGGUGUAUAACAAAAGACGAUAACCCAUCGAAACACUGGUUCUAUUCAAAAUAGAUUUACAGGUUUUGAACAUCAGAAAUCUAUUGUCGCCUCUCAAGUUUUAUUUGCUUUGAAAUUUGCUUUCGGUAUUAAUGAAAGACUCCUAAGUUAAAAAGGAAAAAGUAUAUUACAAAUGAUGUCAUCUAAAAAUCUACCUUCUUAAGAUAAUAUAGCGAGAAUACAAACAUUUGAAAGUUCUUAUAUUUAUGUCCUUGAAAGGUUGUACAGCAAGAUUUUAUUCAUUAAAGAAGAGAUUUACUUUG